AUGACAGCGCAUUCAUUCGCUUCUGGCAAGGUGGAGAUGCAUCUUGACUCGCUGCCAAGACGCGCAGAGGAUCUGACCGAAUCCUCAUCCAGGCCCUCUGCCGAUCUGUCCGGAACGCUGCUCUUGUCCAAAGAUGAACCGCCAGCUCAGCUGGCAGAGACUGGAGCAGCAAUAGGGUCUAGUACAACGGUAUUUUUCGACCAGUGUCAUGCGAUGGGCCCGGCCCGAUCGGAUGGCGAAUUGAGCAGAAGGUCUGCAGAUCGGGCUUUGCCAAUCAUCGUUGCCGGUUCUCCUCUGGCCAAGCUCGUAUGUUAUGACUGCGAAGGCUUGAAUCUCACACUCAGGUCUCGUCUCCUCACCAGUUCUGCAGAAAUCUUUCGCUGCUCGAACCUCACGCUCACAGUAGACGUCACACGACCGAUUGAAGAUGAGAGUGCGGCAGACGUUCAUCACCUUCCACGCUCGAUGCAUGCCGCGCAGGCAGGGAUGGCUUUGCCGUGGAGGCUAGGGGCAUUGCAGCUGGAUCCGCCUCUAGAGAAUGUCACCAUCGUUUUCCAGGAUGCGGGCAUGUGCGGAGAGGUCAUCUUGACCUCCUCGGGUGCGAAUGCUCAUCCACACGAAGCAUCUGCAGAUCACGCGCCAUCGAGGCAAGCUGCAAGUUCCGACGAUACCAGCGCCGCCGAGCCGCAUUGUGAUUUGCGCCUGGCAGGUUUCAAGAAUGUCACCAUCCUCGUGCGCGCUCCUCAAACAGCCGAAGGCUCGCGCCUCGGUAACGAUGCUCGUUGCUUGGCAUUUCGCAUCGACGAGCCCUUGACGCGACCACCUUCUUCGAGUGAAGAGGUCCAAGCUGUCCAAACAGUCACUUCGGCCCAAGCGGACCAGUACCAUCUGCGCCUCGUCAGCGUCCAUGACCAGCGAUUCGACGGUUGGCCCUCUUGGUCUUGCGAAGCGCUCCAAAGAGCGGCGGGAACGCGCGGUUACGUCAGCUUGGGAGACAAUCCACCUCGAGCUGCCCGACGUCGGAGCAUCGACUCUGGCGUUGGCCUCUGA